AUAGUUUUUAAGCUCGACACAAUUUUUGUCGAGUUGUAGUUUUUCUCUGAUUUUUCAAAAGGUCGUAAUAAUUUAAAUAUAAUAGCUUUAUAUUUUAAGAAUUCUGCAAUAAUUUGAUUGUUCCUUUAGUAAAAAUUAUAUAUUUUUUUAAAAAUUUAUAAGAAAAUUGUAGAUAACAUCUAAAUCAUAUUUUAUUGCAUAAGUUCUGGAAAUUUAGAAGGAAAAAGUAUGGAAUUCUUAGAAAAUUUGAGUGACAGUUUGUCCCCGUACAAGGAUCUGGUAGCAAAUAUUGCUACAACAAUGACAAUUGCACAACUGAUGACACCAAUUCUUUUGAUAAAUGACAUAAGAAAGAUGAAGACAACUGAAGGUAUCAGCAUUGUUCCCUUCCUAGGCGGUGCAGUUCUAUGCACACUUUUUCUUCAAUUUGGUCAAAUGAUUGGUGACCCUGUAACAGUGAAAGUUAACAUUGUUGGAGUCUUACUCAGUCUUUUUUACUUACUUGCUUUUUACUAUUACACUCCAAUCAAGGAAAAGUUUUCAGUUUGGUCGAAAAUUGGGGGUGCAUUUAUAUUUUCUACUGGAAUCAUUCUUUACACAAUGUAUGAAGAUCCCACCCUGGUAGAAAUGAGAUUUGGUAUGAUCUUGACUGGUUUGUUGUAUUUAGUUAUGGCUGCACCAAUGGCUGAUUUAAAACAUGUAAUUCGUGAUAAAUCCACAGAAAGCCUUCCAUUCCCUAUAAUAUUAAUGGGAUUCAUAGUUUCUUUUGUUUGGUUGAUUUAUGGAAUAAUCUUGAAUAGUUUAUUCAUGGUUUUUCAAAAUAUUUUUGCGGUUCUUUUGACCGGAUUCCAGCUAUCAUUCUUUGCAAUUUAUCCAUCAACUCCAAAAGUUAAAGACACCAAAAAGAAAAAUUAAUUCAAAGAAAAUAGUCGACUAAAGACAAUAAUUAAAGGAAAUUCAUCUGAGAUAUCUUAAAACGUACUCUUGUUAAAAUUUAUUGUUCCUCAUGACGAAUUUAUUCCUGUUAAAAGACAAUAAUAAAAAUAAAAGAAUUUUCUAAAAACAUA